AUGGUUUCCGGCAUCCGAAAGACGACCUUUCGAUGUUUCAACCUGCUGUCAGCUUUGGGGUUGCUAAUAGUGGGAAAUGCCGUCUUUCGAACAUCGUCGGUAGAUGUUUUGAAGCAUGCUGCGUUGUACUACUCUUCCUCCUUCAAUUACACGAAUAUCACCCAUGCUGGAAACGCUGUGGUUUCUGAAGCAGUGAUCAAUGGGACCAAUGAGGAGGACUACCAGGCUACACUGCCAUCCCGUCCAGCCACCAAUGACAAAACCAUGGAUAAUGCUGUCGUCGCAGCUUUUGCAGCCCUUGCAGAUGAUGUAACUAUUUCCAAUCAACCCAAUGCCAGCAAAUUGAAGGCAAACAAGCAUAAUCUAAGAAAGACAAAGAAACACAGGUUGCCCAGCAACAUGCUCUUUGUGACGGCACCCUGGGAACCGGAAAAGCUGGUGGCUUCCAUGAAGGAAUUUGCACCGCCAAACAUGCAACUCAGAUUCUACAAUGACACUCAAAUGGCAAGAUCUGUCUACGAUAUUGGACUGGAACUCAAACAGACAUACAAUAUCAGUGGAGUGUUUGAUGCAUGGUCACUGCUAAGACCGUGGGCAUUCAAGGCAGAUCUUUGGAGAGCACUGGUAUUAUGGAAAUAUGGUGGUGUCUAUGUUGACAACAAGAUUGUCCUCAAACAGCCCUUGGAGCGAUGGGCCAGUCUCACUGACAAUGAGACUCUAUCCAUAUGCUUUGACCAUGACAAUACAUUUGGACUACCCAACGAGGACAAACGUGACAACUUUACUGAGUUUCAGUCCACUUGGAAUGCCAUUCUCAGUGCCAAGAGAGAAUCUCCUGUACUCCUUGAAAUUAUACAGGCAAUCAUUCACAAUGUAGAAACAAGAAGUCGUGGGGUUGUCCAUCAUGCUCUUGCCGUGACUGGUCCAAUAUUGUAUGGAUAUGCCAUUGCAACUUCCAACUUCACAAAUACUGUACGGCGGCCCUGUGUCAAUCGAGGUGGCAAUGGAGCUCAAUGGUUGUUUGUGGAAGGCAACUCAACAACCAGCAGCGAUGCCAAUGUGAUUACUGUUACUGACGAGCAGGAACAUGGUCGGACCAAAACAUCAGGCAAGAAUGGAUAUCACCGGCUCUACAAUACAGGACGAGUCUAUUGUGAUGAUGGCAGUGAUGUAACAUCAUGGUAUGGACCUGGUGAUCACUAUGCUUGUGCAAUUGGAAAGGAGACAUUGGAAGCAGUCAAUGCAGAUGAAGCACUAUUUUAG